UUAGUUUCUGUUUUUCCAGUAUGCUAAUAAUAUUCAGAUAAUGCACAAAUGUAGUGCCAUAUUAAGAAUAAAUAAUAAUAAUAAUGAAGCGCAUCUGGUAUUAGGAGUAAUCGAGCUGCUUUCGGCUCCGCCCCUUUGGAACGGCUGCAGCUGUACAACAUUCCAUUCCACCUGCAGCGCCGUCAAAACCCGUCCCCGGGGAUUCCCGUGCUGCUCCAGAGCCGCUGUUGUUUUUUUUAGGCGACGCUGUUAAUAAAAUCUCCACGUCCCCCAACGAUUAUCCAGUCAAGGGCGAAUUCAUUAGCAAAUUGCUGCCUUCAGGGUUAUGUCUUGUUGACUCUGCGCCAAAACAAAACAGUGCGCGCAGCAGCUCCAGCCCCAGCCAGCACAAACCGGGACUGUCACUCAAACACACACGCAUAGGAUACGCAAGCAUGCAUGCAUGCAAACACACACGCGUGCAUACCACACACAGUGACACAGGCAUGCAUACAUACACAGACGCGUGCAUACCAAACACAGUGACACAUGCAUGCAUGCAUACAUACACACACGCGUGCAUACCAGCACACAGUGACACAAACUCGCAUGCAGAACUGUCCAUAAACACACAGACGUGACACAAACUCGCAUGCAGAACUGUCCACACAGUGACACAAACUCGCAUGCAGAACUGUCCACAAACACAGUGACACAAACACGCAUGAAUAACAAUACUCUCUGUACUAUUGCUUGGCGAAGUAAAGGAAAGGGGGGGUUCUGUCAUAGAAAGAUCCACCCAUUAUGUUUUUCCCGUUCCCCUCCACCAAUCCGGCUCCAAUUUAACAUCUCAAACUGUAAUAUAUCUUCAGCGCUGCUAGCUGCAGCAGCGCCUGGGCUGUACAGACAGAGCUGAGGGGUACGUCGAGCUGCACUUCGCUUGCAGACACUGCACCGUUCGGCACUGUCACUGCCUUAUGCAGUAGCAGUAUAUAACAUAUAUUCCAUUAUACUAACUUCUACACAGUAGACCCCAGUGCACUUUUUUUUUCAUUGACGUGCCAGAGGUGAGAUUUCUUAUUAGCGUAUUUAUAAUUACAUCAAGCGGCUGGCGGCGGCAUUCUGUUUACCGCGGUGUUCUGUUACAAAUAACACUUCAACUGCGUGAGGGAAAAGAUAUCUGAUAUAGAGAAGAGAGUGACAGGGGGAGGCAGAGAAGACUGCGGCGUGCUGGUGUUACUGUGUCUGACAAGAUUACAGAUCUUCAGAUUUAGCACUUUGACUCCAGACCGCUUUCACCGCGCACGGCUAUGGGCGAGCAGCAGAGCGAGGAGCGCCGUGGAUAAUGACUCCACCAUCACCCAGCGAGGAUGGAUGCAACGCGGGGAGUCUCUGCUCUGCUUAUCGCAAGCUGCUGCUGCUGGUUGAUGUCCGUGCAAGCUGAGGUGCUUGCUGAUGGAGGGAGCUACCUGAACACAGUGCAGAAUACAGACCCUCUCUCCUGCACCGAUGGCUUCACAGAGCUGGGCUAUUACAAUGGCUCAGUCUCUGAGACUGACUCUGGCGCUCCCUGUCUGCCCUGGACGGAGUUCCCUGACUACCUCCUGCAAUACCCUGGGCGAGGGCUGGGGGCGCACAACUACUGCCGCAACCCAGACAGAGAGGCCAACCCCUGGUGCUUCUACCGGCUGAGCUCUGGAGCUAUUGGCUGGGCUUACUGCGACUGCAACCAGGGUGCUGUGCGCUUAGCUGGCAGCUCCUCCUCAUCUCAGAGCGGCCUGGUUGAAGUGUAUCUGAACGGCCACUGGGGGGCAGUGUGUGACUCUCACUGGACCGAGCGAGACGCCAGUGUGAUCUGUAGACAGCUGGGGCUGGGUGAGAUCGGCACACCUCUCAGACACGCCCACUUUGGACCUAGCUCUGGAAUCUUCCACUUCCAGCGACUGGGCUGCCAUGGCGAUGAAGACUUCCUGCUAAAGUGCAAGAACAGGAAGUUCAUGACCAAUGACUGUAAUCAUGGAAACGAAGCAGGGGUGGUGUGUGAGCCUCCUGAAGACCCUGGCGCCCCCUUGAGGCUGGUGGGCGGUACUGAGGAUUUCGAGGGGCGUGUAGAGGUGUAUCACAAUGGGAGGUGGGGCACGAUCUGCGACGACCAAUGGGACGACACAGACGCUGAGGUGGUCUGUAGGCAGCUGGGCCUCAGUGGCACUCCGAAGGCCUGGUCCUGGGCUCAGUUUGGCUCUGGCUCGGGGCCGAUCCUGCUGGAUGAGGUGCACUGCUCUGGGAAUGAGCUGUCCCUGGAGGAGUGUGCGCACAGCGGCUGGGGGGAGCACAACUGUGACCACAUCGAGGACGCGGCCGUGUCCUGCAAUCCCUAUUCCGACGGAGUGGUGAGGCUGGUGGAUGGGGACAGACCCUCUGAAGGGCGGGUGGAGAUAUAUUACGAUGGUGCCUGGGGCUCGGUGUGUGACGACAGCUGGACUGAAAUCAACGCGCAGGUGGUGUGUCGACAGCUCAGGUUCAGGGGGCGCGCGCGUGUCUCUGCUCAGGGUCGGUACGGCACUGGCUCGGGGUUGAUCCUUCUGGACGAGGUGCAGUGCAAGGGGGGAGAGCGCUCCCUGCUGGGCUGUGCACACGCUGCCUGGGGGAGACAUGACUGCGCGCACAGCGAGGACGUGGGAGUGCAGUGCGAGGGAGAGGGAGAGACCAACGAGAUACCUCAACCAUCGUAUCAGACAGGAGCUCCAGUGAGGCUGGUGGACGGGGAGAGCCCGCGGGAGGGCAGGGUGGAGGUGUUGCUCGGUGGGGAGUGGGGUAGCGUGUGUGACGACGGGUGGACUGACGACCAUGCUGCUGUGGUGUGCAAACAGCUCGGCUACAUGGGUGAGGCGAAGGCGCGCUCCAUGGCCUAUUUCGGCGAGGGGGAUGGUCCGAUCCACCUGGAUGACGUGCGCUGCUCAGGGCAGGAGAGCAGCCUGUCCGAGUGCGAGGCUCGCAGGGGCGGGCAGCACAACUGCAGGCACAGCGAGGAUGCGGGUGUGAUCUGCCAGUACAGUAAGAAGCCAGCGGAGGGCACCACGGACACAGCACAUGCCUGCGGGCUGAAACCCAGUGCACAGGGCAGGAGCAAGAGGAUCAUCGGAGGGGUCAAAUCACUCCGAGGUGGCUGGCCCUGGCAGGCCUCUCUCCGUUUGAAGUCUCACUGGAGUGCCGCACGGCCGCUGUGUGGAGCCACGCUGAUCAGCACCUGCUGGGCCCUGACUGCAGCUCACUGCUUCAAGAGGUUUGGCUCGGACCCCUCUCGCUAUGUCCUGCGGCUGGGUGAUUACCACACCGCAGAGAAGGAUGAAUUUGAGAAGGACCUGCCAGUGUACAGUGUGCUGCUUCAUGAGAAGUACCGGCCGGAGAGCAGUGACUAUGACAUCGCACUGGUCCGGGUUCGAGGGGCAGAGAGCCGCUGCAUCUCCUUCAACCCCCACGUUGUCCCAGCCUGCCUCCCCCCACCCCACCGGGGCAAGAAGUGGAACAAGGGCCGGGGCAACAAGCGAGCAGCGACCUGCGUCAUCACAGGCUGGGGCGACACAGGCUCCUCGUACUCUCGCACUUUGCUCCAGGGCUGGGUCCCUGUCCUGCCCGGUCGGGUGUGUCGCUCUCGCUACGGUCCUCGUUUCUCUCCCAGGAUGCUUUGUGCCGGCAGCCUCUCUCAUAGUAAGCGGGUGGACAGUUGCCAGGGUGACAGUGGGGGUCCCCUGGUGUGCCCCGGGGUCGGGGGUCGCUGGGUCCUCACCGGAAUCACUUCCUGGGGUCACGGCUGUGGGCGACCUGAUUCCCCGGGAGUGUAUACGCGGGUCGACAAGUUCCUGCGCUGGAUAGAGGACGGCAUGCGCGCCACACAGAGGGGCUGAACAGCCACGAGCAACACGCAACCAAACAUGCUACUAAACAUGAAGCAAGCACACAAUCAAACACGCAGCAAGACACUAGGGAGUCCAGGGAUGGAAAUAAGACUCCCACUGCAUAGCAGUUUCAUCCAGUCCUGGUUUUACUAAGCUUAAUAAGACACAACUGAGCUUGUUACCUACACACUGAGGCUAAUCAAGCACAUAGUAAAGCCUGGAAUAGGUGAGGCUCCUAUGCAAUAGGAGUCAUAUUUCCAUCCCUGCAAUCAUGCAGACAAACACGCAUCCACACAUGCAGCCAAGCCCCAAGGCUGGAUGUGACUAUUAUUGCAGUUACUAAAGAAAUCUAAAUGCUGUUGCUUUUCUCAGAUCUCUCCUCCUCCUGCCCCCAGGAUUACUCCAGCUCCUGCCCAGUAACUCCCAUCUCCAAUGCAGUACAAUACGUACUGCUCAGAGCUGUCCAAGCACUUUGGCUAACAGACCACAACACAGCCCUAGACUGGGGGCUGCAUGUUCUGAUACAGACAACCCACAACACAGCCCUAGACUGGGGGCUGCAUGUUCUGAUACAGACAGCUCGCAACACAGCCCUAGACUGGGGGCUGCAUGUUCUGAUACAGACAGCUCGCAACACAGCCCUAGACUGGGGGCUGCAUGUUCUGAUGUCAUCGAGAGUGAAGCUGACGAAGCUGGAUUUGAUUUUUACAGUAUUCACAAUCGGGAAUUACAAUGCAGAAUUACUGCUGCUCCUUUUGAUAGUGCUGAGCUGGGUUUGCCGAGGCUAUCCAUACAGUAUCAUCCAACACAAUGUAAUGGAUCUCCUCCAAUAAUACUGACAUAAACGGAAGAGCAGUACUUGCCUCUCCACUCCAGAGAUUGCUGAUUAGUUGGAUGGUAAGACGUUGGUCUGAACUGAAUGGUGUUGCUGUUUGCCUACUGCUCUUGCCUUGCCAUUCCAUUCAAUGGGCUGGGAUGCCAAUUCAUUACAACGGCUGCCUUGAAGGAAUCAGAGGCUGGUAUUAUUCAGUAAGGAAAGGUCUCGGUUCCAGAAGGAUGUAAACACCUUGCAGACUCGCUACCUGCCACGGUGCAGCUUCUCUAUAUCCAGCAUGUCGGACAAGUUCAUGUGUAAGCUACUCUACAUGAAGUGCACUUUACACUUUACACACUUUUAGAAUCAAAAUAGAUUUUUUUUUUUUUUUUUUUGGCAAGCAUUCAUUAAGAAAAAAUGUGAUUAUUUUUUAUUAUUAUUCUAUUUAAAAAAAAAACAUAGAUUGGUAAUUUGUUUUGUAUUGUACUGCAAUUCAAUAAACAUUCAUUCAAGCUAAUUUGCCUGUUUGCCUGCGCGCAUUCUGAAUGCCAAAAGAAUCCUUCAGGCAUCCACUUUGAAUCCAGAGUGAUCUGUAGUGAAUGCCUUUUGAAUCUCCUGCUAGUUUCAUUCGUAAACCGAAGGACCACGACACAGAAACACAUGAAGAGAUACUGGGCAUGCCCCUGACAGUGCACACAGCAACCUGGGAGGGGAGUACUCAGAGGAGACACCCUGAACAUUCAGAGUGCUGCAGUGAGUCCACGGCUGACAACGUGGCUGGAUAACUAGACAAGUCCCAGAAAGGGUUGGAAUAGACCCAAGUAGUGUCUCUUGACAGGUGUGUGAGAUACAUCCUGGAUUGUCUUUUGACAGGUGUGUGAGAUACACCCUGCAGUGUCUCCUGACAGGUGAGUGAGAUACACCCUGCAGUGUCUCUUGACAGGUGUGUGAGAUGCACCCUGCAGUGUUUCUUGACAGGUGUGUGAGAUACACCCUGCAGUGUCGCUUGACAGGAUGCUAUGAGGGGUCUUUCAGGGUCUGCACUGCUUUCCACAACCCGUCAUGAGCUGGCUGGUUUGCACUCCCUGAAAUCACAGACUGUAUAAAGUGCUUUGAAAUGCUUCUGUGUAUAACAAAUACAACGUGCUAAAUAAAUAAAUACCUGACUUCAA